CCCCGCACGGAUUUUGCUUCAGUGUCUGUUAGUCCUCUGAUAGAUCUCAGCGGUAGCGCGGUGUACGGUUUACAUUUUGUCAAAGUGUUCUUUUUAUACUCUAUUUGUGUUUUGAAUUUUAUCGAAGUUUGCAUAUUUUCGCCUAAACGCAGUCAUCGUGCUGUCAGCGUAUAGUCAGUCGGCGAAACGGCGUUGAUAGAAACACGCGUUCGCGUUUGCGUUUGCAUUGUCGUCACCGUUAACGAGUGAUAAAAACUCGAAAACAAGCUGCUUAACAAGUGCAUCAACAUAUUUACUAAUCGCGUUAUAUUAAAGAACUUUGCGUUUUUUUUUUCGUUCGGCAUUUGUUUAUUUUCGUAAUUUGACUUUUGCUUCAGCAUUUGAUUUUCGCCAUCAGUGUAUGGCAAUGUGAUUUUUCAGUAUUACAGUGUGCGUCUGUUCAUCGUAUCUAUACAAUUUGCAUACAUAUGUACAAACAUAUAUGUUUAUAAAAAUAUUUGUGCGCCAAUAUUGGUAUAUGGACGAUAAGCUUCGUAUGAAAUAAAAUAAAGUGAGACAUAUAAAAAAACACUCGAAAGAUAGCAAAGAAUAAAAGCUUAGAACAAACAUAAAAAGGUUUGGCGUGUAGAAAAUAGACAAAGUAAAAACAUAAAAAUAUAAAUACUUACGGAAGUGUAAGAGCGCAAAAUUUGCUCGCUUGUUGAAUUUCAAUUUCUGGCGGAUAGUCACUUUGGGAGCGUUCUCUGCUACGGUUCGUGUAUCUCUGCACUAGUGUAGCGUGCUUGUGAAAGACUAAACAAUACCUUGAAUAAGGAGUGUGGAAUAAUUCUAUUGAGAAUUCUGUUCCAUAACACCCAAAUGAAAGCCGUAAUGAUGGAUUACUAAAUGCAGUUGAGAUCAAUCAACAGCAAAAGCAGAAGCAGCAGCAGUAGCAGCGGCAGCAGUAGGAGAAGUAGUAACUGCAAUUGUUACAAUUGCGUUGCGCAAUAAUCACGCCCACAAAACACACGGAACAAAAACUACGACGACCGCCAACAUACACACACACACACACACACAUGCCAACAAACCAGCAAACAUCUCCUUAAAAUCAUCUUGGCUAACGAGUGAAGAGUACCAAAAGCUGUGACCGAACGCUAAAGCUGAAAUUUGGAAAAUUUUGAAAGACCGCGUACAACAACAAAGCAUCAUCAGUCCUACAUUUAAUACAGAAACCACAACCUUACAAAAACAACCCCUCCAUAUAAAAGCUAAAAAAAAAAUAAACUCGAUAAAAAAAACAGUCAGCGAAAAUAAUUAGUAAUUAAAAAAAUUUAAAAUUCUUACAAAAAUAAAAUUAAAAACCAACAUAAAAGCAGCUAACUACGUUCAAUACGACACAGCGUAAAAGUGUGAAUUUUUUCUGUAUAAGAAAAACACCAAUAACAACAACAGCACAGAGCGCAGCUAUAACAAUUGUUCAAUCACUUGAUGUUGCAGCAAAACGGCAAUGCACACAAUGCAAGCAAUUUGAAUACAUAACAGUAAAUGACGGCAACGACAACGGCAACAUCAACGAUACACACACAUUCAUAUAUAUAUUAUACAUCACAGCGACGAGUUCAACGCGCGCUCAGCAAAACACCAUAACUUCACAAACUCUCCACACUAUGAUUUAAUUAGCAACAAUUUUUAAGAAACGAAGAGGUGUGGCAAAUUAAGCAAAUAACAUUUCAAGAAUUUUCAUUUACAUAAGCGUUCGUUAUAUUAUUGCCUAUACAUAUUGAUAAAUGUAGGACGAGACGACGGGCUGCAUAUACGUUGGAUUUAUAAUUUUAGUAAAAGCGUCAUAAUUUAAAAAAAAAAUAUAUAUAAUUCACAAAAAUAAUUAUUACAAAAGAUUUAAACAAAAAAAAACACAAAUAAUACGAAAAAAUAACCAAAAAAAAUUAAUAUCAACAAAAUAAACGCAACACAGCAGCAGCAACAUAACAAAUAAUGUAAUAAAAUCUAUAAAAAAAAAAGAAAACCGUAAAUUGAAGACCAAAGAAUUGAAAAAAUAUUGUAAAAUCCUCCUGUAGCCGAGUAGUAGUAGUAGUUUGAUUACUAACAGAAAUCUCUAAGUAAAAACACACUUUCAAUAAUAUACAAAAAUCAACGGAAGACAACAACAAAAGCAACAGUGUAUAGCUGCAACUGUGCGCUUUUCGUAUAUGAUUCAUUCCGCUGCAAUAGUGUGUCCUUAUAUACAUACAUACAAACAUACGUAUAUAUGUGCAUAUACAUCUUUAGCUAUCCUAGUAUAUAUGUACAUACAUAUAUGAUAUGUUAAUUUGUAAUAGUGUAUGAAGUAGAUAAAUUUGCUUAGAAAUGAAACAAAAACAAACAAAGAAAUAAUAAACAAACAAACAUUAUGUUUGCAACAUUUUUCAAAUCCAUGAUGACAAUGCGGCAACAUAUGCAACAGCAGACAGCAAACAAACAACAGCCCGAAGUAGUGGUAGUAGUACAACUACAACAAGAGCAACAGGUGCAAAAUUUGUACGCCAAUAUGUUGUUGUGCAAUGCUGUUUUCUACAAUGCAUCUGCGGAUAUUGCACUGAAAAAUGUUUAAAGAUUUCAUUUGUUAAUUUGUGUUCUAUUACAACAACAACUACAACAACAGCAGCAACAACUGUAAAGCCAUCAUAAACAAGCAAACAAACAAACAAAAAGUAAUAAUUAAUCAAUUCAACAACAACAACAACAACCUUAUCGACUAUUUCAGGCCACAUCAUUAGUUAAGGGGGCGUCGUUAGCAGUGGUAGUGCGUGGUAGACCACCAACCUGAACGUCGACUGGCGUCGUGGAGAAGAACAACAGCAGCAGCAGCAACAACAACAACAGCAGCAACAACAUUAGCAGCAUCGCCAAAGGAAAUAGCAACGUAUUGCCACUAAAAAAGCAACAACAACAACAACACCCAAAUGCGAAUUGUUGCUGUGACCUAUCGGUCGCAAUAGUUGAUAUUCAAAUAAUCAACGUCCACACCGUUAACGUCGUAUAUGUGCCUGUAUUUACAUACAUACAUUGCCGUUUUGGUAGCGACCAAUUGACCAUAGACUGUGCGAACUCUAUGUGAAGCGAGUACUGUGCGUAUAUUUCAUAUAUUUUAUGAUAUCGUCAGUGCGCAACAACAGCAACAAUUUGUGUGUUAGUUGCUAACAGCAUCAGCAAAACAAACAGCAGCUCUGCAACAUAAUACGUUGCAUACUUUGUGACUAAGCAUCGAGCUAUUGCUAGUUAUCAACGGUUUUUAGCAACAAUUCUAAACGAAGAGUGAUUUGCGACUCACUUGUGCGUUUUGGUGAAAAGUUUCAGAAUGAAAUAUCCGAAAACAGUAUCGACACGUGCGGUAAACGCCAUAUCCGAUUGGCUGGUAUCCCGCUUGGAGCAAUUAGGCGUUGAGGCCCCACACAUGUAUAUUAGACUUCUCUUGUCUAUUUUGCAAUCGACCAACGAUAUCAAUGAUCCAACUGAACUCAACAAUUUAGAAACUUUUCGCGCAAGUCGUAAAGGCGGCAAUAGACGUAACGGAGAAUUCGAGGCUGACGCUUUUAAGAAAUUCAACGCUGUACAGAUUUUAAAGGACAUUGUUUCUUCCGAACAGGAGAUCGCCACAGUUGAAAUUCUCAUUGAUGAGCUGUGCGCAAAACUCAAAGACUUUGAACGUGAAUCUGAAAGUGAAGAUGAUGACAAGCUUUUAAGUCAACUUCAAAAUCAUCAAGUCUUUAAUAAUUACCAACAACAAAAGGCACAGCAAACAAAAGAAGUUUCAGCCUAUAGUAAAAGUUGCAACGCCACUUGCGCCAUUGAAAGUGUAAAAGUUGUUAAUAAACCAUUAGCAACCAGUAGCUCAAGUAAAUCGGCAAAGUUAGAGGAGAAAAAUUCCGAUUCUUCUGAAUAUUUCCGCGCUUUUCCUGCACUAAAUAAAGAGAUGGAAGAUUCUGUCAACUUUUGGCGCCGCAGUGCCAAAUGGCUACCAUGGCCAGCUGAUAAAAGCCAACGCAAUGAAGCAGCAUCCACUAGCAGUGCUAGCUCAUCAACAAUGUCUAGUAAUUCGUGCGCUGAAAAUGCCACUAAAGACGUCCAAAAUUACCCACAAGAUGUCGCUACAAACGCUGUUAAUACUAUAAAUGCACAGCCAAUAAAUGCUUUGGAUAAAAAAAUGGGUAAUGAGGAGAAAAGUAUAACUGCUGCUGGGUCACAGCAGCAAAUGAUGAGCGAUGAUGAUGCCAUCAUAAAUGAUGAGAUUGUUGAUGAAAUUGUCGAUGAAAAUGGCGAUAAUGCCUCUGCUUAUGGUGCUUGCAGCGCUGCUUAUGGCGCAAUCAAACGAAAAACGAAACGUACACGCCGUAAUCGUGCUUUGUCCAAAGGUAAAACCAAUCAACAAAAUCAACGCAAGAACCCAACGUCUGGCUCAAAUGGUGGUAAUGGUAAUAAACGCACGCUCUCACCUAGCGUUUGGGAUACAGAUUUUGAAGGUUGUUGGGAGAUGGGACGUGAUUUAAUUAAAGAAUUUAUAACGAGCCAGAAUCGUAAUUCACGCAAUCGCAGUACUUCGGAAAGCGCGGUCGCAUAUAAUAAAAAGAAUAUCACUAAAAAAGCAGAAGCUAAAGCUGCUGGUAAUGAAAUCGAUGAUAAUUAUAGUGUUGUCAAUAAAGAAAACACUGCAAUUAAUGAGAAACAGCAUCCACAACGAACAAAUGAAAAAGCAUACUCAGCUGAUAGCCACGGUGUGGAUGAGCAUGCUGAGGAAGGUGCCGUAAAACCUGCUACACCAUUGCCUGCUUUGAUAGAUAUUUCUUUCUGCGAUUAUGACGACUACGAUGACACACUCGCUACGGUGUCAGAACUGACUAACGACGGGCCCUUAGUAAAUUUGGCUACUGGCGGUGAGGGCGCCACUGCUACCGCUACACCCAAAGCUGCUAAACGUCUCUAUGAGCGUGAGUUGCAGACAAGCGAUACACAAAAUGACGUACAAUCAGAUUUUGCACAAUACGAAGCAAAAUUUGAUAGUAGCGUUAAAGCUUUGUGGAAAGAUGCGCACAGCGCAGCUGAUGCACAAAAGGGCUUCCCAACGUUUGGAAAUUCUUUCCACACUUCAGGCAGCGGCGGGCACUAUUCCGGACCCAUUUCACUACCAACAGUUGCACCAUUUUCGCAAACUUUAAGAAACUUUUGGUCGAACUAUUAUAAUCACCAUUUUGAUUUGAGUAGAAUUCUACCAACAGGCAUAGUUGGCAGUAACUCCGACGAUAUUAAUGUCUUAAAGCAAAAUACAGAAAGUCUUAAUAGUGCUGGUGCUAAUUCUAAUAUAGCACAGGUUGAAGAAACCAUAACGGCACCCACAAGUGACUACUUUUCAAUGCCAAGCAAUUUAGGUGAGAUGAAAAGAGGAAAUCAUAAAACUGGUUGUAGCGAGAGCGCUAAUGCUGGCUUGCGCAGAGGCGGCACCAUAGGUGAGGAGCGUAAAACUCCGAUAGCACCAUUUUUCCCGAAUUCGAUUUGGUCGACUAACGCAUAUUCCGGUGGUGGUGAUACGGAUGAGAGUUUUUAUUUUAAAGUACACAACUCUGCCAGGCAGCUAAGUCAAAACGAUAGCGCGGCCUGCAGCAAUAGCGAGACCACGGAACAACUGAUGCAUCAAAACGAUGCUAUAGCUACUACUUCCACUGGCUUGCCCGGCAGUAAUAGUUUUACCUUCACCGCACCAUACACAACAUCUAAGUGGUCAGAGGGCAUAAAUGCCGGACCGGCCCAAGUCAAUAGUAGCGCAAUGCUAUUGACGGCGUUGCCACAACAGCAUAUGAACCAAAGUAAUCCCUAUAGAACUGGUACUGAUUGCACUGACUCCUCGACAUCGCGUGCCACUAAUUGGCAACACCUAGCGAAAGGCGAAUCUAAAGUCGAUGGACAAAUGCACGAAACAAACGCAGCUGGUUGCUCACCAUGUGACUCGGUGUCAUCGGAAGUGACGCUUCCUAAUCAUUCGACACGAAGUGGCUUCAUCGCCUAUUCACGCAUAAAAACAGUUUUAGAAUACAAAUUUACCAAAAGAAAUUUUGAAUCAUUCUUGCUGGAACAGAUACGCAAUCAAGCGCAACAAGAUCUAGCUCUCAGGCGGGAACAGUUAGAAGCAAUGCACUUAGAAGAACUAAUGGAAGAACAGGAAGAACUCGAACAGAAGAUAAAACAACAAAUUCGACGCGAAGAACAGCAAGAAAAAGAACAACAACAGCAAAAAGAUGCACAUCCGAUGGAAAUUGUGGAUGAAAGCGAAAAUUUAUUAACCUCGGAAAAGACACAUUUCCAUCCGAUAAAAUUCUAUCCCGACGGGCACACAUUCGAUAUUUGCAGUGAAUUAGAUGUUGUCGAGUACGAACGUUCGUCAAGUGGUUCUCUUUACUUUGAGCACGAUAGAUAUUUGGAGUAUACACGCGGCGAUAAUUUCGUGGUGGACGACGACCACGGCAUCGGCGCCUCUUCCAAUCCCUUGUAUGCCAAUUCGAAUUGUGAGGCUGCCACAUCAGCCAAUGCCAAAGCCAAUAAAAACGCGAACAAAUACAAUAGAAACGCCACCAAAGCAAAUCGUAGCAAACAAAAUUUUGUCCCCCGAUUCCGUGUAAAACGCAAUGAGAUUGCUUGCCAAACAGAUGUUGAUCCACCAACGGCACGCACGCCAUUGAACGCCAACAGCUCCACCAUGCUAAGUGGUAUAGCUAGCGGCUCAUUAUUUACGAAUUACCGAACCGCAACACGACCGCAUCCAUUGAGUUUGAUUUUUUCGAAUGCGGCUAAAAAUUUAAAAGCGACCGCCAAGAAUGAGCUCGUCUACAACGACACGGCAGAAGCUUUUACGCGCGCCAUAGCCCAUUUUCAACCACCACCGCCACCCUUGACCACUGCGAGCAAUUCGGCUUGGCUACCAAUCGCUGCCGAUGCUGGCGAUCAUAGCUGGAAUGCAUACCGGCAGCGUCAGCAGCAAAAUGCUAGAAGUAACGCUAGGCAAAAUGUUAAUGGUAAUGAUGCGGGUAGCGACGAGGUAGAUUUUUAUGCCAACUUUGCUGAUUAUGGUGAUAUAGUUGGCUAUCGCGGCACAGUGAUUUCAGCCAAUGUCGAUAUGAAUAUGCCAAGUUUGGAGCAGGAAUGGUCCAUGAAUCAGAUACACAAACGGUGCAGAGAAGCUGGCCAUAUGACUGCUAGUGGCAAUAAUAAUGGGGUUGAGUGUGGUGCCGAGUCAGUUUGGGACAUGUGCCCUGCUUGUAAUAAUGAAAUAAUAUCUAUACCAGCCAAUCGGUUAUUACGCGAUGAACUGCAAUUGGAGGGCGACGAGAUAAUGAGUGAUCUCAGGUAUAUGCAAGAUUUAUAUAUUGGGAGUGCUGAUGAUGACGAUGUUAGCGAUGAUGAUGGCGGUGAUGAUAAUGCCGAUUACGAUGGUGGGGAAAAUGAUGAUAAUGAUGUUGAAAGUGUUGCCAAUACCGAGACUAGCGACAGCGAUUGGUGUGUGGACGAAGUAACUGCUGACGCUGCUGAUGAAUUUGAAGCAAAUCCAAACGUAAAUGACGCAAUGAAUAGCGUUGAUGAAGAGCCCGCAAUUCGACGCCACAUAGAUAUGGGAAGCAGUGUUGCCAAUCCGAACUUAAAUGCCACCAUAAAUAGUAUAGAUGACGAGAUUGCAUUUCAUCGUCGCGCAGACUUGAGAGUAAAUGUAGCUAAUACAAAUUUGAACGAUACCGUAAAUAGCAUUGAUGAAGAGCCUGCAAUGUGUUGCCACACAGACAUGGAAAACAAUGCAUCCAAUACAAAUUUUAGCAGCACCCCAGAAGCGAUAGAAAAAGGGCCUACAGAAUCCAAGAACAAUGCAGUUAAUUCAAAUUUAAAUGACACCAUAAAUACUAUUGAUGAAGAGCUUGCCUUUCAUUGUCACGCAGACUUUGCGACCAAUGCAGCCAAUCCCAACAUAAAUGUCGACACAAAUAGCAUAGAUGAAGAUCCUGCAAACCGUAGCCGAACAGACACCAUCAAAAAUGAUGACACUGCCGCUGAGGGCUCAGCCAACAAUGAUUCGGAAACAAUGACAGUUAUACAAAAAGUAAACCGUCUAAUCGCUGAAUUGUUGCGCCCCGAUAACAACAGUGUCGAUGGUGAGCAAAUGGAUGAGGUGAAUGCGAACUAUGGCAGCAAUUCGGCAAAAGGUGAUGAGCAACCGCGUUCAGGUGAAUGUGGAAAGGUGCCAACAACACAAUUUAGGGGCAAUUUAUGGCAUACGAACGGUAAUGAGCGUAACAUUUGGCAACUGAAUUUAAGUAAUAGCAGUGGCAAUAGUGGUGGUAUUAUCAGCGGCGCCAGUGUGCAUCCGCUAAAACUCCUACGUCAAUAUAAUGUGAAAACAGCUGAGACAGCAGUGCAUGCUGACAAUGAGUCCUCAGCACCAGCAACUAAUGGGAAUGCAAACGACAAAUAUCACACAGAAAUGAUGUGGGAGCAUGAGAAUUUAGCUAGAAUUUGGCAAUCAUCGACCCCAUUACCGCCACAGCUACAACCACAAGCCAAUACAGCCAUUAUGACAAUAAAAAAUGUAAGUCCCCUAUUAACCACCGAUGAAAAUCAAAGUGAAAACGAUGUAAAAACUGAUAUUGCCGAGAAAAAUAUGCGUAAUUUACGUGCCAACGCAGAUGCAAGCGUAGCAGCGGCCGCUGCCAAUUUGCAGCUGGCGCAGGAAUUUAUGGUCAAAAACAGCAGCCACCAAAAUAAAGUGGCAGCAGCUUUAACAGGCGCACAGCUAGUGGACUCAGCUUUAAAAAUAAAGGCAGCAACACGCAAACGACGUCACUCUGCAUCCCAAAAUUAUUUUCACGCUCAUUUCAAUAGCAGCGGCAACGGUGAUACACUAACUGAUGCCGCUUCCCACAAUCUUGUUAUGCAAAACAAUAACAACAAGGAAAUUGCCAAUUUAAAUAGCCAGAUAUUGAAGUCAUCGUUGGAUGACAAUUGCUCCACAUCUGCACCCUCCACGAAUGCCAAUGAUUUGAGUUUACAAAACUUUCUGAAUGCCUCACUGCGUUUCGGUGCAGCAGCAGCCGUUGCUGCUGUAGCUGCUUCAAAAACAAAUAUGAAUUCGGAUUAUGCUAACAACUUAUGUGGCGCCAAUAUAACCUUUGAUUGCGACUCGAAUGCAGCGAAUGGUGGAAAUCAAACUAUAAUCACUUGUCAAUAUCACUUAACAGCUAUUAAACCGUUGGGCGACGCAGAGGCGGACGUGGAUGAGUUUGAGGUAUUUACUGGCAAUGGCAAUGCAAGCACCGGUGGUGGCACCGGCCGUUGCGGUGGGGUUGGGGACGCGGCACCGUUUUCAAAUGUAAUCGACAAGAAUCCAUCCAUUUUGCAGCACGUUACCAUGACUUCACGUCCGUUGACGCGUUAAAGUGGAAUACAACAAAUUUAAAUACUGCAAGCGCAAAACAUUGAAUCUUGUCGAAUGUUUUAGAAAGGCGUACUCAAAUAGAUGCAAAAUUAAAUAAAAAAAACCCCUUUGGCAACAAAAUCAUCUACAAAACAAUGGAAUUCAUCACAGCAAAUCACACGGAAAACGAGCUAAAAAAA